AUGACCAACCUGUCCGAGCCUCCGGACGGGAUCCAUGGAUAUCAUGGCAACAAUUUAGCUGUGCGGACGUUGAUGAUUGUCUUCACGUCCAUUGCAUUAUACAACGCCAUCGAACUGUUCAUAUUGCUAUUUUUGACCUUCCAAACCUACCGGGGCCUCUACUUUUGGACACUUUUGCUCUCUGUUGUGCUUGGUGUGAUUCCCCACGCCAUUGGCUACCUGCUGGAAUUCUUCUCCUUGGCACCAUUAUGGUUUUCCUUGACUCUGUCCACCAUUGGCUUUUACGUCAUGGUACCAGGGCAAUCGGUGGUCCUUUACUCACGCCUGCAUUUGGUGGUCCACAGUUCCAAAGUUCUUCGUUUUGUGCUCUGGCUCAUCAUCAUUGAUGCGGUUAUUCUUUUAAUACCAACAACCGUUCUUACAUUUUGUACCGCGUACAUUGCGCAGCCGGCAAUGGUUCGCGGAUAUAAUGUCAUGGAGCGGAUGCAAUUGGCCUGGUUCUGCGCGCAGGAAAUGGUCAUCUCAGGAAUCUACAUCAUCGAAACCGUCAAACUCCUCAAGAUGAUGCCAGAAAAGGAUCGACGACGAACUCGCAUCAUGUACGAGUUGCUGGCAAUCAAUUUGGUCAUUAUCUUGCUUGAUAUUUGUCUACUGGUCGUGGAAUAUAUUGGCUUCUACUCGCUGCAGACUACUUUGAAACCUAUGGUCUAUAGCAUCAAGCUGAAGCUUGAGUUUGGCGUGCUUGGAAAGCUCGUCUCGAUCGUGCAAACCCAACAAUCACAGCCCACCUCGUCCGAGCACGAGGAGUAUCCCGGUUUCGUGGAUCCCACUCAAUUCACGACGGAUGUUACCCACGCUGCUCCCCGGGAAUCGCGAUCACGAGGACGGAGGGGAUGGAAUUCGAAUACGAUUUCCAUGGAGAGCUUGCCCAUGUCCGAGCGUCGAAUUCGUCCAUCCACGCAAUCGACCGAUGGCAGUGCUCAGCCAACAUGA